UCCGGCGGUGGCCCGCUCGGCGGCAGGGCUGGAGCCGGAGCUAGGAGCGGGAGUCAGGACAGGAGUCUGGCCUGAGGCGGCUGCGUCCCUGCGAGAUGGACGGGACAGAAGGCAGUGCCGGGCAGCCCGGCCCCGCUGAGCGAUCCCACCGAAGCAGCGUGUCCUCCGUGGGAGCCCGAGCAGCCGAUGUGCUGGUGUACCUGGCGGAUGACACAGUGGUGCCCCUGGCUGUGGAGAACCUGCCCUCACUGAGUGCCCACGAGCUGCACCGUGCAGUCCGUGAGGUCCUGCGCCUCCCAGACAUCGCCCUGGAUGCCUUCGCCCUCUGGCUUGUCUCCCCUCUGCUGGAGGUGCAGCUGAAGCCCAAGCACCUGCCCUACAAGCUGGGCCGCCAGUGGCCGGAGCUGCUGCUGCGCUUCACUGACGCGCCGGAUGACGAUGUGGCCGUGGAUGAGCCUUCCCUGCAGUUCCGAAGGAACGUGUUCUUCCCAAAGCGGCGGGAGCUCCAGAUCCAGGAUGAGGAGGUCCUGCGGCUGCUCUAUGAGGAAGCCAAGGGCAACGUGCUGGCCGCACGGUACCCAUGUGACGUGGAAGACUGCGAGGCGCUGGGCGCCCUCGUGUGCCGCGUGCAGCUUGGGCCAUACCAGCCCGGCCAGCCUGCAGCCUGCACCCUGAGGGAGAAGCUGGACUCCUUCCUCCCUGCCCACCUCUGCAAGCGGGGCCAGGGGCUCUUUGCUGCCUUCCGAGGCCGUGGGGCCAAGGCUGGGCCAGGCGAGCAGGGCCUGCUGAACGCCUACCGCCAGGUGAAGGAAACAGUUGGCAGUGACGGCGGGUGCGAGGCCACCCUGGGCACACACUACCGUGCCUACCUCCUCAAGUGCCACGAGCUGCCCUUCUACGGGUGUGCCUUCUUCCAUGGCGAGGUUGACAAGCCGGCCCAGGGCUUUUUGCACCGAGGUGGGCGCAAGCCAGUGGCUGUGGCCAUCAGUCUGGAGGGCGUGCAUGUCAUCGACAGCAGGGAGAAGCACGUCCUGCUGGGCCUGCGCUUCCAGGAGCUGUCGUGGGACCACACCUCCCCUGAGGAGGAGGAGCCCGUCCUGUGGCUGGAAUUCGAUGGGGACAGUGAGGGCAUGCCAGUCAACAAGCUCCUCAAGAUCUACUCCAAGCAGGCUGAACUGAUGAGCGGCCUCAUUGAGUACUGCAUAGAGCUGAACCAGGCUGUGGAGCCUGCCGCCCCCCAGGAGAGCGUGCCCUGCCCCCCAGCAGCUCCCACCUCCUCGCCGCCCCCCACCCAGCGCCCCAAGCUUCGGAGGCAGGGCAGUGUGGUGUGCAGCCGCAUCCAGCACCUCUCCACCAUCGACUACGUGGAAGACGGCAAGGGGAUCAAGCGCGUGAAGCCAAAGCGCACCACAUCCUUCUUCAGCCGGCAGCUGUCCAUGGGCCAGGGAAGCUACACCGUGGUGCAGCCCACCGACAGCCUGGAGCAGGGCUGAGAGUGGCAGUGCCAGGCAGGAGGGCACGUGGGGCCCCUGGACCUGGCCCAGCACUGUCCUCCCCUAAAGGUUGUGCACAGCGGGGAGGGCUGCCUCAGCACUCAGGCUCUGCAGGUAUUUCAGACCAUGGAGAAGUGACUUCUGUGCCUGGGACCAUACCUGGGCCUCCGAGGGUCCCGCCUGCAUCCUGCUCUCCCUUCCCCUGGACUCUGGGCCCAGCUGCUCUCUCAGGACCAUCCGGUCAGGCCCCUGUCGCCUCCUCCCACCCAGAGACACGCCUUUGUGCCCAUCUCAAGAUGGACGGUGUCCCUGCUCUGAAGUGCCUGUUGGCUGCUCUGAUGGCAGGUGAGGGUUCUGUCUUGGGACCUCAGGCCCAGUGUGUGCCUUUGGUCUUUCCCCCUCAGACUCUGGGCAAAAAGACUCCCCGCCUGCCUUCUGCUGGCGUGCCACCCCCGCUGCCAGGGUGGGCGGCUGAUCUGAGGAGGGCAGGAGAGGGCCUCCCUGGGUUGAACCAUGGCAGAAACAAAGUGAGGGUCCCACCCUUUGUACCUCCCUGGCUGAAUUCAUUCUGGAAGGAGCCAGACAGGGCCCGAGCUGGGGGGACCCUGUGCCCCUCACUCUGGUCUCAAGCAUGAGACACUCUGACCAGAAGGAAGGUGCCUUUUGUUAGCCUUUGGUGACAUUGCUGUACUGGGAGGUGGCUGUCCUGUGGACCAACAGGCCCACAAGACCCAUGUUUCUGUGAAAAGCUCCCCAAAACCCCCUUGGUGCUCCCCUGGGCCCAAGGGCUCCCCUCAGCAGACCCACGGAACCUGCCCUUUGCUCCCAGUGUCCUGAGUCUUCAGGGUUUAGUUUUGGUCUUUGUUCAUCCGCUUUGGUUCCAUGAAGUCUGUGAACUUUGAGGCAACUCAAGGAAACACCGUCAUUUGCCUCGGAGCCGCUGGCUCUCUCUGAAGAGAGGGCACUGUGGGUUUCCCUGGGGGCCAGACUGUGAAGGCCCCAGCGACGCCAGUCUCUUCUUUCUUGAGGACGUUGGGAAACGUGGCUUGAAUGUGGGUGCUUGGCUUCACUUCCCCCAGCUUUGCCCUCCUGGCAGCAGCAGCUCUGUCUCUUCCAAGAUGAGCCCCCUCCCCCCAAGAGGAGGGCGUUCCCAGCCCUUGGGCCCCUCCAUGGAGAGCAGAUGGGUCUCAUGGUUGCUUCCUGGGACUACCCACGGGAAAGAGGCAGACCAGCUCAGCACAGGGCUUUGCCUUGUGUUCCCUUCCCGGUGGGAGACCACAGAGAGGAGACAUGAGCCUCUGGUGCUCCAGAUCUAAGGGCCUGUUCACCUCCUCCCUUUGGUAACUUUGAACACUCCGGUUUUGAGGUGGGCUUGCCUUCCAGCAGCAGGGACUUUGUUAUUUGUCAUAAUAAAUAGACUGGGAGGUGUCCCCAGCCUUCUGGAAUGUCCCGGCUGCAGGGUGGUGUCAGCUGCCACAUCUCCUGGAGCUGCUGACCUCACUGGGCUGCCCAGCCCUUCUGCUUGGCUCCGGCUGUCUGGCUGUCUCGGUCCCUCUGAGUGCUGUGACUCCAGGUGAAUCCUUAUCUGACGGGCAGGCCAGGGUGUGUGGGGUGUGUGUCUGCACACGCCAGUUAAGUGUUCUUCCUCCUCAGCCUGUCUCUCUUAUUUUGUAAGCAUCCAUUGUGCCUUAACCUUUCUGCCUGCCCUUUAGGACAAAGCAGUAUUUUACUAAAUGCCCUUUGAAUGUUCUCAUUCUUUUGUAUCAUGUGACUUCCUAAUAAUAAAAUCAGUUGCUAGCAAACUGUGGGGUGGUUUAUGAUAUGAAGUAAUGAGGGUGUGUUGAUAACAGCCCAGGAGUUGAUGACAGGCUGCAUAUUUGGUUUUUAUUAAACGUGGAUCGAGGUAUAGCCCUCAGGGCCGGCCAGGCUGGGUGCUGGUGGAGAACUCGGGGAAGCUUCUAAUCUGGUGAUUUGUCUGGGACUCCCAGGCUCGGGUGGUCCAGGAGGGCUCUGGGGUUCCCGUGGGAGCCAAGGGGGUAACUCAGAUUCUCAUGCCCUCCCUUGGGGCACCUCAUGCCCCAGGCCUGGCGGGAGGCAGUUUGUUUCCCACAGGUCCUAUUGUUAGCACCCAGCUUGGAGGGAAGGGACAGCACCAGACCUGCCCUGGCGUACUGGGCCCCAGGAAGCCGCCGCAGCAGCAGCAGUGACUGACACCGGGCUUUGGCCCUGCAGUGUGAGCACCGCCCAGGGCUUGGGGUUCACACUGUGAGUGUUUCCAGAGAUGGAAGGAUCAAGCCAUGUCCCUGUGGCAUCGUGGUCCUGGGACCAGGGCCUGCCUCCUCGGGUGUCCAUGGCAAUGAGUGGUACCUUGUCCCCGCUGUGGUCCUCUCCCUGGCUGGGGCAGCAUGAUGCCAUGGCCAUGGACACUUACACAAGGCACUGACUUGUGCCUCUCUGUUUGUUGACCUUUCAGAAGGGAGUAAUGACAGUGGGCACCUAGUAGUUGUUGGGCAGCUUCAGUGUCUGGCAUAGACUAGGCACUUCCAGGUGUUGGCUCUUUUCCUCAUCUCGAAGUACUGUGUCUGGACAGCAGGUGGGAGCCCAGGGGCCACAUGAGUGGCCAGGGCCUGCCAGCAGCACAGACACCCGCCCUCCUAUGUCAGUUCCCUGGCUCUGCUGUGACACAGGACCAUGGCCUUAGUGGUUAGAACAACAUACAUUCGUUGCCUCACGGUUCUGCAGGUCAGAAGUCUGACAUGGGUCUCAGUGGCCCAGAAUCAAGGUGUCUGUGGGCGGCAUUCCUUCCUGAGGCCCAAGGGGAGAGCCGGUCCCUUGCCUCUUCUAGCUGCUAGAGGCCACCGCAUUCCUUGGCUCACUUCAGAGCAAGAGAGGGCCAUGGAGUCCUCAGGUCACACUCCAACCUCCCAUCGUCACAUCUCUGACUCUUCUGUGCCCUCUUCCCCUUUGAGGGACCUUCACGAUUACACCAGGAUAACCACGACGAUCUCCAUGUGAAAAGGCAGCUGAUGAGCAGCCUUCAUGCCUGUGGCAUGUUCCCAGGCUCUGGGGUUAACGAUGUGGACUUCUUGGGGGUUGUCCUGCCUACCACACCACCCCUUCUGCCUCUGCCCUCCCUGCGUGGGGCUCCAGGCCAGUGAUGCCUGGACACUGUCCUCCUGGCUGCUGUCCUCCUUGGUCGCUCUGUGUCUCUGACCAGGAGUCGUGCUCCCUGGCCGGGCACCUGUCUCUGCAAAGGCUCAGGCUCCGAGGCUGACUCGAGGACCCUUCCCAGCCAUGGAGGAGCUUCUGCUGCAGGCCAGCCCCUUCUGCAGCUUGCCCUGCCCGGGAGGCGGCCCCCAAGACCACUGCCCAGUUUCCGCUUCUAGCUGUCUAGUCAUUUCAGGGCCUAAGUUCAGGACGUGUCUCCCCACCACACGUGGGCACACCAUGUCAGUCAUCAGCAGGUCCCCAUAGAAGGGCCUGGUGCUCUCUGCGCCCACGCAACAGGCAUAAAGUGAGGGCACUGUGCCCCACACCCCGGUUCUCCCGAGCCCAGUUCAGCCUUCACCGCUCAGUGCAUGUGCUCCAGGUAAAGUGGCCCCUGGAAGCUGCCCAUGUGGCCCAGAGAGAUACCUGACAGAUGGAGCUGGGAGAGGCUGGGUGCGUAGGGGAGGCCUCCCAGGAUUCUGAGGGCCUGGAGCCCAGGAUCCCAAUUCCAGGCACCCUUGAGAUGGCCAAACAGGGGACUGGGGGAGCCAGAUCCCGGUGGAGAGCCCAGCUCUGUGUGGCUGGUCCCCUCCAGGUCCGCUCGCAGGUGACCUCCUGGUCUGAUACCCUCUGCCCCUUUCUUCCACACUUGCAUGCUGCCUGCAUUAUGGGGUGUCUUCUCACUGCCUCCCCCAUGGCACCCCUCAUUCAGUGCCCCGGUUUGCUUGUCCCUGUAAGGCCACCAUGGUCAGAAACAACUGGCUGGAAGGUGAGGGCAGGUGAGAGCAGCACGGUCAACGGCAGCCCCUCCCUGACCCACCAGGAGGCUGACUCAAGUGGAACGAAUGAAGUCAAGCUUCAGCCCCUCCCCUUGCCAGGACCCCCUUCCAAAGCCUUGCGAGGGCCCAGCAACGUAUUUGGUGGUUUUGUAAAAUUUGCAAAACAUAGGGUUUUAAAAAUUAUUUUUUCUUAAAGAGGGCCCCUAAAAAUAGGUUUCAGGCCCCAGAAGUCCUAGAUUGGCCUCUGCGUACCACACAUCCUGUAGUGAGCUGAGAUGCUUUGAAGGGUUAAUGAAUAAAA